CCGGCCUCUCACCUCCUCACAAACCCUUCUUGAUUCCCUCUUCCACCACCUUCACACUGGCGAUUUACCUACCGCGGCCUCGAUGACGAUCAUGCCUGCUCCUGGUUUCGCGCAGCAGCCUCAGGCUAUACCCAAUCAGCUGGGAUCAGGCCCAUCGUCCGCAACUGAUCCUGCCGCCUCUCUGCGUGAAGCUGCUCUCCUCACUCUCAAGUCUAGACGACGAAAGCUUGGAUCUGGGUCGGAACCCGCUGGCAUCCCCCCUCGACCCCAGGUCGUGCAGGUCACCUCUGUAGAGCCCUCUAUUCAGCUUGAUUACGGACAAGAGGAGCCAUCCGGUGGGUCUUCUACCGCCUCAGUAUCGAGUGUGGCGCAGUCUGCAAAGUCAGCAACACCGGAGCCCGAGGAAGACGACGGACAGGGUCGAGAAGAAGGCGAGAUCAGUGACUCCGAGCCGACACCCGCUUCCCCUGUCGCCCAGCCUGAGGUCGCCCGGGAAGCGAAAAUCAAGCCCGCCCCCAGAGCAGUUGUCAAGCCUCCAACGCCGGCCAAACCCAUUCCCAACAAGACGACUACAGCGCCGGGACCCAGCCCGCCGAGAGAAUCGAACGAUGUGUCUGGGCAGAGUGCCUCCGACUUGAUGCCACCACCUCCGCCACCUCUUCCAUACGUAUUGGACGAGAAACACGUCAGACCUGGCCUAGAGAUGACGCAAGCACACUACAACGCUGCCAAGGAUCUCGUGUUAGAUCUUCUGGGCUGGGGAGUUCCUCCAGAAUACCUCGUCAGCUGUGGUGUCAGCCGAGAGAUAAUGUUCUACGUCUUCACAGAACUGAACCUUCGUUUGCCACCCAAUUUCGAUGCUACGGGCAUUCCGCCAUACCCGCCCUCGCCGAUGGCUCUCAACGCUGCGCCCACAGUCACUUUGAUCAAACGGACGGACACAAUGACGCUGCGAGCGGUCAACAGUGUCGCAAAGCUUCCAGCCAACGGCCAAUCCUCCAGUAGCCAGACUACCUUGUCCGCUACUGCGAAUACCUUCAUCCCGGUUACUGCGGCGUCUUCAUCCACAGGGCCGAAUCUGUUUGACAUGGAGCAACAACGAAGGCAGGAACUACUAGCUCGCAAAGCCGCCAUCGCUUCUCGCAAGAAACAACAGGUUGCGCUGUUAUCGAGCGCCCCAGUUGGCAACGCCACCGUCGCAACCACGGAGUCCCAGGACGUCGAGAUGGCGGAUGCAACACCCACCAAGACCGUCGACGACUUUCUGAAGAGCAUCGGGCCUGAUUCGGAGAAGGACAACGGCAAGGGCAAGGCUCCCGCGCGCCCAAUUUCGGCUGUCAGUUUCAGUACUACCUCGGAUGCCAUGGACGUCGAUGAGGUGAUCCCGGGGCUGUCUAUCGACACCAUGAUGACGUCCGCUGUGCAGUCGCCUCAGUCCUACGCCUUCGUUCAGUCCCCCACAUCAACCAGAGCCACGCCAGUCUCCGCCAUUGGACCCCAGUCCACCGUCGAGUCGGUCACAUCCACUACCAACGGGUCACUUGAAUCCGUUGCUUCUUCCUCCGGUGAGCGUUCGCCGGCCAACCCCAGCCCUAGUGAAGUGGAGGCUGUCCCUGGUCUUUCCUUCAAUCCGGUCGCAUCGAACCCCGAACCUAGUCGACGUGAGCCACUGGCCCGGAGAGGUACGAAGCGCCCCGUCGCGGCCGACUUCGACGACGACGCACAACCUCCUAUUCCACGGCCCCGACCGAACCACAGCAAUGGUGCCAGUCGUAAUCCCUACCACCAGCCGUCGUUCAAGCGCAGCGUGGGGACCUUCUCGGGAUUGAGUAACAUGCGGCGUUGCGUGAUCGACCUGAGCGACAGCGAAGACGAGGAGGAAGAGGAAGAGGGAGCAAUCCCUUCGAAGCAUGACGAUGGUCUCUUCACGCGCCCACCUAGCGCAGCUCGAGCGGUGCCGCGGAGAGGGGCGUCGGUGGCUCGUCAGAGCCCACCGGGACGCGGCAGCGCCACACCAACCGCCAUGACGCCUGCGGCUUUGCAAGAGAAGGAGCAGGAGAUCCGGCAGAUGCGAGAGCUGAUCGCGCAACGUGAACAGAGUCGACUACGUAAGCUUGUUACUAUGUCUCGGUCCACCCCCACCUCGACUGCUGAGACGCCUGUUGCCAAUGGUGGACCUUCCACUGUGCCACCCGAGGAGAACACGUCUUCGCAUACUAGUACAGGCUCUAGCACGCCAACUGCGCUUGGCCCUGUUUCGAUUCCCUCAACGACUUCUAUCGCCACUAGCAGCACUGCGACACCAAUAGAUGUCGUCUCGAACAGUCUGUUUGAUCCUGCCACCGGCGACCGAGUGCUGACCGCUGAGGCAAGACAUGAGCAACCGAUGAACGUAGAUGGGACGUCAAGCGAAGAUGCUAUGAACGUCGACGUCGUCAGCGCAAAUGCAGGGACGUCGGCCCAGGUAAACGCAACAACACGGCAAGAUGAAUUGGACCUAGCUGUCCAAAGCGAAGACGCAAGAACUGGAUUUUCUGCUUACUCAUCACCCUUAGACUGCUUCCUUUCUCUGCGAUCGCGUUCAUAUCUUGACGGUUAUGGUGGAGGAUCUAGCUCGGCGUAUCAACUUGACGACGGCAUGGACAAUUCGUCAAUCUCAAGCUCUCCGCGCAACAGCUCAAUCGACCUCAAGGACCUCAAGAUGGCCCACGCGAAGAACCUGCUCACGGAUCCUUCAAGACCGAUAUGCCAGUAUGAAAUCCCAGGCGGAGGAGAAUGUCGUGAUCGUGAUUGCGAUUGUAUACAUUUGUCAAGACCGCCUGCGGCAGACCCUACUGAUGACGAGACUGCGCACUACCUGUACGCGCACUACGCAGUCCCGUCGGGGUCACACCACAGCGCCAAGGUCAUCAAGGACGCCCUGGAGAACAUCCGACAGCGCAGCCCUGCAAAGAGCUUCGACGAUUGCGUUGCGGAGGUGGUGACCGCAUUGUGCCUCCGGUAGUCUCGCGCAACAUGGGCGUCGAUUCUCGCUCGCUCUUGGCGCUCCCGCAGCGCACCGCAAGCCUGCCGUCAACGAAGGGCACGACGAGGCGCGUUCCGCAGCCGAGAAAGAGCGUGGAUGGGGUGUAAAGAGCGCGUGGCGCCACCGGUUGACGACGAGUCGCUGGGAGUGUUUGAUUAGGUGAAGAGGAGGAUUGGUCCUGGCCCGUGCUUGGGUUGGCCUUCGCGGCAGCUCGGUGCGCCGUGUCCUGAUUCGCUUGAGCGAGAAGAGGCCCGCCGCCGAGGCGUGCGCGUGUAUAGUAUUGGAAGGGAUCCUGGUUAUGCGCCUGGUUACGUUCCGAGAAAAAGUGUACGCAGUGUAUGUUUACUAGGUAGUUAUGCACACUUGAAUUAUGGUCGCGUCUAGCCGUAGCACGUCUGAGUAGUUCUCGACUGGCCAGCUUCGUCGUGUAAUCUUUUGCAAUGCAUUGUUUUGUUCGCGAA